UAACUGAUGGCAAGUGCGCAAACCCUUGAGGGUCGGAAAGCCAGGCUUGCUGGAAGGCGAAGUACCGCAUUUACCGUCGCCUUAGUAAGGGCGGAAGUGAAGGCCCCAGCGGAAGUGGCUUCUGUAAGGGCGGAAAGCUGUGUGGCCCGGGUCCGAGUGGGGGUUUCGUUCCCGCUUGGGCUACCGCCCAGCUCUGCUAUGGAACUCAGCGCCGAAUACAUUCGAGAGAAGCUGCAGCGGGACCUGGAGGCCGAGCACGUGGAGGUGGAGGACACAACCCCUAACCGUUGCGCGUCCAGCUUCCGGGUCCUGGUGGUAUCCUCCAAGUUCGAGGGGAAGCCGCUGCUUCAGAGACACAGGCUGGUGAACGCGUGCCUAGAGGAAGAGCUCCCACGCAUCCAUGCUUUUGAGCAGAAAACCCUGACCCCAGAGCAGUGGGCCCGUAAGCAACAGAAAUGAGGGACCAGGACCUGUACAGCCAUUAAAUUAUUAAAUCAGGA